AUGGCGACGACGAUGAAUCACCCAUAUCAUCUUCAGCAUCCAAUAGUGCUGAAAAGAGAAGGACGACCAUUCAAAUGCAGUGGCUGCAAAGAACUAGGGUUUGGCCCGAGGUACCACUGCUCUAAAAGGGAUUGUCCCUUCAUCCUUCACGACCACUGUGCCACGGCUCGCCCCACAGACAGACCCAGAAUCCAUGCAUUCAUGGGUAACCGCCUGUUCGAGUUUCUCUGGGCACCCCCGGCAGGGCCGUACCGCCGAUAUUGCGAUGCUUGCGGGAGGGACGUGCGAGGGUUUCUGUAUCAUGAUCAGUCCAGACACGGGUUUGAUUUGCACCCUUGUUGCAUUAACCUUAGGAGAACCAUGUCUGACUCUCAUGGCACUAUGGAGCUGAGUCUAAAGGACAAAGUGGACUACACGUGUGUGAAAUGCAAGAGGAAGGAUCUAGAUAACGUUCAGAGCAAGGAGCCUUUCAGAGGUUGGUCCUAUGUGUCUUCUUGUGGAAAUUAUUGCUACCAUGUCUAUUGUGUGAAGACCUUGAUUCUGGAGAACUGGGAAACGGGCUACUUCAAUGUUUCUUCUUCUUCUUCAAGCUUGGUCACCAGAAGUGAGACUACAGACUCAGUGAGAGGGAUGAUGCCAAAUAGAAGCUCGAUCACAUCAGCCACAAGCUCUUCGGCCAUGGAAAGAAGAAGCUUGGCGAGGCCGGGAGUUUCUUCCACUAAAGUGCUUAUCAAAAUGGCGAAAGUAGGUUUCAACCUUAUAAUGUCAGUUAUAUUUGGAAAUCCAACUCCAUUGUUUGAUGCUCUCGUUGAGAACUUGGUAAACUAG